AUGAGCCAGAACAAAGACAAGGGGAGCAGCCAGGCCCUGUGGGUUCACAUAGCGAUCACCUACGGGUAUGUGUUCCUGUGGAUCACCCUGAGCGCGGCAGUAAUCCUGUACAACAAAUGGGUGCUGGCAUACUACGCCUUCCCCUACCCCAUAGCGCUCACAAUGUGGCACAUGUUCUUCUGCGCCGGCCUGGCAUCGCUCAUCAUCAGGGCCGGAUAUGUUGAGCCUGUGAAGAUGAACGCAGAGACGUAUGUGCGCACCAUCGUGCCCAUCGGCUUCCUGUACGCCGGCACCCUCUGGCUGGGCAACGCCGCAUACGUCUACCUGUCAGUCUCGUUCAUCCAAAUGCUCAAGGCGUCCAUGCCCGUGGCCGUGUUUGCGGUAGGGUGCAUGUUUGGCACAGAAUACUUCACCAUCCCGCGGCUCCUCAACAUGCUUGUCAUCGGCACCGGCAUCGCCAUCGCCUCGUACGGCGAGAUCAACUUCAUUUGGAUCGGGGUGGUGCUGCAGAUGUCCAGCGUGGCCACAGAGUCCAUGCGCCUCACCCUGGUGCAGAUCCUGCUGCAGGCGAGCAUGGCUGGAUGUGGCAGACUGUGGCGCCGCGGCAUCAAGCUCAACCCCAUCACAACCCUCUACCUCAUCGCCCCCUGCUGUUUCGCCUUCCUCUGCGUCCCCUUUGCCUUCAUCGAGCUGCCCAAGAUCAUCAACGACACCAGCGUCAAGCUGAGCCCCUUAAUCUUCCUCACAAACGCGGGGGCCGCCUUUGGCCUCAACAUGGCCGUCUUCCUGCUGAUCGGCAAGACGUCUGCGCUGACCAUGAACGUGGCGGGGGUGGUCAAGGACUGGAUCCUCAUCCUCCUCUCAUACCUCAUCUACAAGGCGCCGGUGACGGCGAUGAACCUGGAGGGGUAUGGGCUGGCGUUUGCGGCAGUGUGCUUCUACAACUUUAGGAAGCUGCAGGAGAUGCAGGCGGCGUCCAGGGCGCCGGCGGCGUCAAGUAAGAGCGGCGGCAUCAGCAUGGUGCCAGUGCAGGACGAGGAGUCAACACGCCUGCUGCAAGACAGCAAGAUGGGCGGCACCAGCAGCAGCACAGCCCUGGCGGGCUCGGGCGGCACGCCGCUGAGCAGCAGAGGCUAG